GUCUUCCGUUCUACACUCCUUCACAUUCGCUUCACGAUGUUCAGCCCUGCUGCUUUUGCCGCUUUUUUCACAGUCCUUUCUGGCGUCACCGCUUUGCCUUUUAGCGAGCUUGUCCGGUCACUUCCUAGGAAUGUCUCCCACAUCGCAGUCGACGAGGCAAAGGGUCACUACCUUGCCUUCAAACGCGACGGCUCUCUCUAUGGAAGGUAUCCUGUAAAUGCCGACUCCAAUAACUUCGAGCGUCGUGCUGCUAGCCAAUGCGCGCAACUUUCCGUCGCCGAAGCCCAAACCCUUUCUGGAUGGGAUGCUAUUGUGCAAUACGCCAACGAUAACUGGGGUGACGGGUCCCGCAACAUUGUCACAAACCCUUCAGAUUAUGUCAGCCAACCUGCACAAGUCUGUAUCACUGACGAUGUCGUCCAGCUCAGCUUCUCUGGAAACCCGGUCUGCCAGACACAAACCACAUCUACUGGAGGCACCCUCGUUGGCACCUCCGGCCAAGUCCAAAUCGCAGUCUCCCAAGGCUUCACCAGCGACUCUUCUUAUACCAUCAGCUCCGCUUCAACUAUUGGCACUUCCACUACGCUGAGUGUCCAAGUUGGCAUUCCAGAGGUAGCCGAUGUAAAUGCUGCAUUUACCGUCUCUGCAGAUGUUACCGAUACCACGUCGAGCACCUUCGAUGCAUCUUACAAUGACGUGAACACCGUCACCUUAACGAUAAAUGCCGACGAAGGCAAGACUUGCUCGGCCGAGACCAGCACCAAGACCUGUAAUACCCAAGCGACAGGAAACAUCCGGUACCUCGCAAGUGGCUGGGUUUGGUUCAACUACGACAGUCAAACUCAGGGUCAUUACAAAUGGGCCGUUAACAUCGAAUCUGUCCUCACGAACCAGGAUGAUCGCUCUAGCUUUGCCGAAUUCAAGGGUUCUAUGGUGGCAAAUACCCAGACUAGCUAUGCUGGCAGCUGCAGUUAAACUCACGAUAGGUGACUGUUCAGGUCAGGUUUUACAUAACUGUAGUCUGUAGAGGCCGCCAAUUACCCGCUUCGAGUGAUAAACCACAUUCCUUUCUUCUAUCUUGAUAUUUAUGUGGCGUCUAUUGUCCUUCAUCUUUCUACGUAUAAUAAUAUAUCCACCUCCCUUAUAAACAUUCAUUGUUGGGCUAUACCUUGC